CAAAAAUAAAAAACCUAUUGCACCCUUCUUUUCUUUUUUCUUUUUACCUUUUUACCAAAAAGCGCUGUUCUUCAAUACUCUUCAAUCCAAAAGUUCCCAUCUCUGGCGCUUUUUCAAAUAUCCAGUACCUAAUUUUUCAAAAAAUUUGUUGAUACUGCUUACUUCAGUUUUCGACUGAUUUCCUGAUCAAGUCCCAUACUUUAUUCUACAAGAAUUCUGUGUAUUCUCAACAACAUACCCAAGUUUUGUUAACAUCUUCUUUAGCAGUUUCAGUGGUUUUCUUAUAGUUAUUAAAUCGCUAUUAAUUUCUUUUUUUUUUGCUGUUUUUAAAAAUUUUUGGUUUCUCUGUUUAAUAUGGGUUCUACUACUCCUACUCAUCUCCCUUCUUUUCCUGGAAUUCUUCAUCAAUAUGACCCAAGGCUCAUCGCGUUUGAGUUUGCUGGCUCAAGCGGAAAAACCGCUUCUUCUUGCAAAGACCGUCACUUGCUUCUUUUUGUUGGAGGACUUGGUGACGGUCUAGUAACGGUUCCCUACGUCCCAAAAUUGGUAGAACCUCUUGAUAAACUUGGUUGGGGUGUUAUCCAAGUCCAUACCCAGUCGUCUUACAUUGGAUGGGGAACAGGAAGUCUUGUUCGUGAUGACGAAGAUUUGCAUAAAGCCGUUGAGUUCUUUGCUCAUCUCGGCGGUUCUGAAUACAAUACCAGAAAAAUCGUUUUGAUGGGCCAUUCAACAGGAUCUCAAAAUGUCCUGUACUACCUUUCACAAUCUUCUCUCGAUAACCAUUUGGCUGCUGCAAUUGCCCAGGCUUCAGUGUCUGAUCGCGAAGGUUGCUACAACACAGUCGGCAUUGACGAGACACACAAGUUACUCGCUUGGGUACAAAACGAGUACAUUGACAAGAAUCUUGGAGACGAUGUCUUGCCUAGAAGCAAGAUUAGCCACGUAAUGGGUGACACCCCUAUCUCUGCAAAUCGGUUUAUGGAUUUAGUAUCUGUUCGUGGUCGCGAUGAUUUUUUCUCCACUGACUUGACCUCUGAUGACUUUGCCAAAACAUUUGGCAGCCUGAAACCGAUCACUGGCACUUGUAAAUACAGUCAACUUGCUUUGUUCAUGUCUGAAAAAGAUGAAUUCCUCUCAAAGGAUGUCGAUCGUGGAGAACUUGUCCGUAGAUUUCAGCAAGCCAUUCGUCCUCAAAGUUCCAACAGCGUUUUCAGCGGAGUCAUUCCUGGUGCUACUCACAAUGUAGGAAACUCAUCUGAACCUGGAGCUUUGGAAUGGCUUAUUGAACACGUUGUUGAAGUAUUGAGACAUCUUUAAAUUUCUUUCCUAGCUGCCUAUACUUUACGAUAGAAAUGAUGGAAUAGAAUGACUUCUACAUGACUUUUGCUAAAUGUAUACGUUAGUCAAUGUUAUUACUAUGAUGCUUACAGUAGAGUAUUAUUGCUUACUCGUGUUUUAAUGAUUAAUGCUUCCAGCCUAGACGAAAUGUUUCGAAAAAUAGGAGGAAUCACUUUUUAUUUUUCAAUUUACGAAAUGAAUACCUUCAACUUUUUAGUAGUAACUAAAGAAAAAGCCUUCUUUUCAAAUACGGGUCUUUCCUAUUGUCCUUAAAUAGCUAUCUGCGCUCUACAUAACAUAUAGUAGCAUUUUCAUACCAG